AAUUCACUUGAAUACAUCGCCUUGAAAUGCAUGUCGGCAGCGUCUCUGCAGUGGCCGGUUACACUGUCGCAGGAUUUCACAUCCACUACUCCGCACAUCUUACUCCGAUUCUUAUGUUUAGAAACACACAUCUGUCGACAUGAAUGCGAUUUCAUGGCCGACAAAGACCAAGAUGUCUGUUAACGCAAAAUCAGUUUGUUAUUCUCUAUCAGUGAAAUGAUCUCUGUUGCACUCGCCAAUGUAGCCGUUCUGCGCGUUUAGAGCAUUUUUGUUUACGGAAUUGGAUUUUUCUCAGAAGAGGCUUCAGUUCGUUUUUCUCUGGAUUGGUCAAAGGCAAAAUCACAUCAGUCGGAUCGUAGAAGAGAUUCGACUCUUUCAUUCGGGAGUCGGGUUUAAUAUGUCAAGACGAAAACAGACCAACCCUUUCAAAGUGAAUUGUAGGUAUCCCAGGGCCUUUUCACAAGACUGGGUUGUCUGGCCCUCAACACUCUUUUGAGAUGGACACUAGAAAUGACUUCAUUGAGGAUGGAGAAUGCCAUAGCAACAACUCGCAGGAUCCUGAAGAGCAAGAGAGCACAAGUGAGGACGGUGACAGUGAAUUUGACGACGACUUAAAUGGCUCUGCGGAUGACAGUAUGACGAGUAAUAAGAGCAGCCAAUUCCGCUUGCAUCAGGAGGAUGUCAAAGAGGAGAGCGAGGAUGGGACUGAUCAUGGGAGCAGUUAUGUUUGUCCUCUUUGUCCGCUGGAGUACAGUAGCCCAGAGCAACUCAUCACACAUGUCUACCAGCACACAGCAGUGGGCGGCAGUAAGAGUUUCGUUUGUCCUGUGUGUGGACGAGCUCUCAGCUCUCCUGGCUCUCUUGGUCGCCAUCUUCUGAUCCAUUCAGAAGACCGUCUGUCAAACUGUGCCGUGUGUGGAGCUCGCUUCACAGACACGAGCAGCUUAAACAGGGAAAAGUUGAAAGAGUUUCUCAACACGAGUAAUAUCGAGAUCAACAGUGACGGUGAGUCCUGCUCGGUGCCCAACUCUCUCCCUAGAAGUCCUAUCGCUAACCCCAGCACCAAUCCUGGUCCCGCACUGACCUCAAUGCCAGACGGUCUCCUCUCUUCUGCUCCUCCUCUUCCUUCACUGUCCGACACCGGUCUGCCAUCGAUCAGCCCCUCGAACACGGGUCUUCCGGAUCUUCUGAACCCGAUGCCCGUGUAUCCGGCUGGGGUCAUGUUAGUCUGCAACAGCUGUAUAGCCUACCAACAGCUCGUGGAUGCCCAAUCGCCCACCAUGAGGAAAUGGGCGGUUCGUAGGCAGAACGAGCCUGUGGAAAUGAGGAUGCAGCGACUAGAACGCGAGCGCACUGCAAAAAAGACCAAACGGGCAUGCGAGACACCGGAGGAGCGCGAGAUGCGACGGUUGCGAGACCGUGAGGCGAAACGAAUGCAGAGGAUGCAGGAGACGGACGAACAGCGGGCCCGACGUCUACAGCGUGACCGGGAGGCCAUGCGAGCCAAACGGGCCAACGAGACGCCCGAGAAGCGUCAAGCGCGGCUGAUACGUGAAAGGGAGGCUAAGAGGCUAAAGAGGCGGCUGGAGAAGAUCGACCCAUCGUUGCGAAACCAAAUCGAGCAUGACCCUGCAGCGAUGGCGGCUUUAACUGCUGAUAUGAAUCUAUUCCAGUUUUCUUUUCCCAUGUCCGUCUCCUCCAUGGAUAAUGGGUUGUUUAUGAAACUCCCCUAGUGAGCAGAGACCUCUCGGCCCAGGAUUUGGUGUUUGACGUUCUUUAAACAAAACUAUUAUUGGGCUUGGCAAAUCGAUCGAUUUGAUGUGAUUCGGUUUCAAUAAUAGCAGUUCGAAGCAAUUUGGGGGUUUUACAAACUUCUGACAUUCACAAAAAAAUGUCCUGUCCAUAAGCAUGUUUUGGAGAUUCCUCUACUCAAUUUUAAAGACUCAGACUUAUAUUUUAAGACUCUUCAGUGAUGCGGUUCUUCGUUUGCACAUGGACCUACAGUGACAGGAGUGAGAUGUGUAGCUGCGCUCCAUAUUUGGUUCACCCCACUGUUCAAAUUGCCAAAGGUUGGAGUUUAUCUGCAACUAUGGCUCACCUCCCAGAACCUGAAAGUGGGCAACUGGUUAGCUCAAUUUUCACAAAACCAACUACCUCACCAUGGGAUUUCUGCAUGGCCCCAUUACAUUUUGACUCUUUUUUAUGUUCCCUGACAUACUGUAUUUACAAGGGCACUCCAUGGCCAAGGCUCUCUCAAAUGGUUCGCUUGAUGUGGACCCCAUGUUCUCAUGUCUGAAAGGCUUUGGGAUGUCCUGUUUAUUAUUUUACGUUUUAUAAAAUAAGCACCUCAUUAGCGAUCACUACGCACCCUCGCUGUUCUGUUUUACUCGGACUAUUAAAGUAAACUUCUACUCGUCUGUUUACCGCAUUACGCCACCAAUAUGGAAAACUGCAGUGGCAUUUGGGACAAAGCCUUUUUGGGAGACAUUGCUCUUUUACAAAAGAGGAAGGUCAUCUCUUAGGAUGCAUUGUUUUGAAUCCAGACACGUUUCUCUGACCUCCCAAAGGCUUCAUUCUUUACACACGGGUUAAUAUUUGGGCACCUACUCAGGGAUGGUGAGGAUCACCUGUAUCCUUAUGGCCUGAGGACAUAGAGGAGCAGAAGUCCUAGAUUGGGGCAAAGUGGCACCGUUAAUGGUCACAUUGGCCCGUUUUCCUUUCCUUUUGUACAUUUUUCCACACUUCAAUCUCUUCAGCUGAGCCAAGACAUCAAUACGGAUGUUACACGACUCCAUUUGUCUCAAGCAACCAACCAAUCUUCUCAUCUGCUGCUGUCACUGUACUGUAUAAUGUGUAUGUUACCUCUGUAGUGCACUUGUUGUGCACUGGACAUGGGAAUGCUUGUUGGGAGUUAACAGUGAGUUGAGUGUGUGCUCGAUCUUUAUGGCAACAUACGUAAUGUAUAGAAAUUCAUUAAAAUGUUGCCUUUGUCACUGGAAA